AUGGCUUUCCUCCUCAGCCUGAUCCUUCUGUCCACCUGGGCAGCUUCAGCUCUCAUGCUUCCCUAUAACUCUCUGCCGAGAGAGUCCAGUGAUGAAUUGGAAUCAUCGGGCGGCGAAGCUGACCGAGCUGUGCAGGGAGUAGUCAAGGUGGUCCAGCUGGACCCUGGGAACCUGGUCCACUCGGGGUUCUUCAGGAGAGGACUGGCUCACAGGGGGCCUCCUUUCCACACCUCCAGACUGCCUUUCCCUGCCUUCCUGUCUCGGGGGCGUCCAGGCCCUGCCGCAGCCCCCAAGGACGCCGUCAGUCCGCUACGCCACCUGCGCCCCAAAAGACCCACGGAGACAGAUGUGAGGAAGAAGCAAGGGCUGCUGAUGUGGCAGAGGGUCAUGGAUAAAGGAGGGAAGGUGUCGCUGCCUGUUAACUUGAAGGACACCAAGCAGACGUGCGCGGCGGUGCCUUUUACUCAGCAUGUGACGGCAGAUGGAUGCCAAACAGUGACGGUGCACAACAAGCUGUGCUUCGGCCAGUGCAGCUCCCUCUUUGUCCCAUCCGAGGGGGAGUUCGCCGAUCUGAGCCCCGGAACGGGGGCCUUCCGCCGACGGGCCCCCUGCUCCCGCUGUGCCCCUUUCAAAGCUCAGACUGUCACCGUGCCCCUGCGCUGCGGAGCCCGGGUCCAGGAGAAGAGAGUGAUGGUGGUGGAGGAGUGCAAGUGUGAGACGGGCCGCGAGGAGAGAGGCGCCGAGGCCGCUGCUCACACACACCUGUAACCGUGUCCCAGCUGCCACAUGGAAAAGACGCUGACGAUUCAUAACGCCGCUCCUCAAAUCGAUUGGGAGUGACGUCCUGUGACGUUUCCGCUCACAUUCGUACGCCCCUGUGUUUUGUUCUUUAGAUUUGCACAAGUCUGAAUGUCUUAUUCAGAGUAAAAUAUUCUGGUGGACAAUCCCACCAAGGACGGUUGACAAAUGAUCUGCUUUGGUCAUGCAGUUGUUGUGUUACAACCAAUCAAGCUGGUCAACCCAGGCAUGGGCCAGUAUGAGGUUCUGACGGUAUGAUAACCUUGAGUAGAAAUACAAGG